AUGUCUGAUUAUAACAGAGGUGUGUUGUCCCUAAAGGARCUUUGCCUUUUUACAGUUAAUAACAACCUCAAUCCUUCCAAUGUUUAUCCUUUUUACUUGGAAACWCUUCGCACURAUUGUCCACGAAUGGAACGAGUAGUGAAUUCYUUUAUUUGRGACAAUUURAUGGAUAUUUCUCGCACKGAACAGUUCUUGGCUCUGGACAGUAGCGCAAUAAACUGGAUGCUUAUAAACCACGAUAUCAGAGCAUCAGAAGCAGCCAUGUUAGACAGCUUAGCCCGAUGGUAUAAACACAAUGAAGCAGAACGCGAGAAGGGCUUCAAAUGGCUGUUUCAAAGACUGAGCUUGGAUAUGAUUGGAAAGGAUGUGUUAUCGGAAAUAAUAAAGAAAUAUCAACUUGUAAAKGUUAUCCCUGAACUUCGUAAGUACAAGAAGCUGCUUCCUCAGCGAGUGGACCUCGACGAGUUGAUCUACAAGGAYAACAUCUCUAACAUAGCUGUUCUUGGAUAUAUUAAACACUUAACGACAGAAGAACCACUAAAACUGUAUAACUUUACUUUGCAGUACUGGGCACCUUUCACUUCCAAGUCAAUGAUCCCUAAAUGUGCCAUCGAAGGUGAGAUAUUCGAGGAUUAUUUGAUUGASGGCAUAAUACCUAUACACAAUUCUGUGUAUUUCGUUUACUCAAGAAUCGAUCUUACACGAAAAACUACCUCACUACAGCUCAUGCGCGUCGACAUCCAAUCGCAGUCUACUACCGAGUGUGCCACAAGUGACGGUUUACAUUACGAAGCCAUAGCUGUGCCAUGUGGGAUUUUCAUCUAUUUUCUCGGGGGUAGAGACGGGGAAGCCCCACCUAAGACGGUCUAUCGCUACGAUACCGUUAAAAACAACUGGAGUGAAAUGCAGUCGAUGAUUAGCGACCAUUCAUCUGUCUAUGACUGUGUAGUUUCUUACAAGAACAAGUAUUUGUACAUAUUUGGAAAGACUUUUAGCGAGAAGUACGACAUGAUGACAAAUACAUGGACACCACUAGUACCCCCUUGGGAUGGCGGCAUUGCYCUCCCUGAGGGGGCAGGGCAGGGGGAAGUAAUUUGGUGCAUGUCUGCAGAAUGCUUGGACGACAGGAUCUGCGURCMUCUGUUGYUAAAYUCAUCRUCAGGUUUACUAAGUCGUCUUCUGGUGUUUUAUGACCCCGUUAACAGUGCCUGGGAGUUCCACAAGAUUGAAGGGCGGRURCAUUCAGCUUUGAAAAAAUGCUUUGGAAACAAUUUUGUGUUGUAUUACAAGAAGCCAAGGAGGUAA